AUGGAUACCAGCUCCGAUGAUGAAGUGCCUCAACCCGAUGGUGAUGACGAUGUGCCUGCGUCCCACAAUAGCAAUGAUGCCGUCAACUCAUUCACCUCGUCCCUCUCGGCCUUGACGGAACUCUCAGAUGCCUCGUCGCUGCGGUCAAACGCUUCGAGCAAAGCUACAACCCCUGCCGAACCGGACACAAGCCCGGAACAAAGCCUGCCCCGCAAGCCGCUCUCGCACCAUCACAACAUCGAACGACUCAACUACACCAUCAGGCCCAAGUCGUCCAUUCCCACCGACAUCCCCUUGCACCAGUACGCGAGUGAGUGCAUCGACGCGGCCGAGUCCUCGCGUCUCAACCCCUACGCGCUUCACCCAGAAGAGUAUCAUCUCCUCCGACAUCAUAUAUCGCAUGCUCAAGUCACGACCUAUUUGAACAUCAGAAACGGCAUCCUGCGCAUCUGGAUCAGGCGCCCCUGGUCCGGCGUCACUCGGCAAGAAGCAGUUGGCUGUGCCAACGCACGCUGGUUUGAUGCUGCAAGCGUCUGCUACGAUUGGCUGCUUCGUCGCGGGUACAUCAACUUUGGUUGCGUACAGCCCCCAGAGACCCACACGAGCGGUCAUGGCCUACCCCGAGGCAAGAGGCGGAAGACCGUCGCGGUUCUCGGCGCAGGCAUCUCUGGCUUGGCCUGCGCAAGGCAGCUGGAGGGGCUGUUCAGACAGUAUGCCGAUCGGUAUCACGAGAACGGCCAAGAGGUGCCCAGGGUGGUGCUUUUCGAAGGGAGGGGUCGUGUAGGGGGCAGAGUGUACUCUCGCGAAUUCAAGAGCAAGCCCGUUGGCGAACAACCCGAAUUUCCCGCCAAGAGACACACAGCCGAGAUGGGGGGCAUGAUUAUCACGGGCUUCGAUCGCGGGAACCCCAUGAAUGUCCUGGUUCGCGGACAGCUCGGCUUGCCCUACCACGCUCUCACGGCAGACACGACCAUCUAUGACAGCAACGGCAAGCCAGUAGACCCUGUCCGCGACCAGCUUGUCGAGAAGCUCUACAACGACUGCCUAGACCGAGUGAGCGAGUUCAAGUUCAAACCCCAGCCCUCCAAGCUGAUCGAGGGUAACCGGGAUCUUCUCACCGAAGGCCGCGAUAGCCCCGCGGACGGGAGCAAGUCGAUCAUGCAGGCAGAGGAAGCGGCUGCGGCCCUACCCCAUGCGCCGCCGGUUUCGCAGCAGAGCGUGCCGGAAAAGGUUAACAUGGUUCCUGUCUCUGCGGACAAGCUUACCGGCCGCGUCCACAACGAGCCCGGUAUCCCAGCCAACCUCAGGGCGGCGGACAAGGCCAGGUUGAUGGGAUGGAGCCUGAGGUCUGUGGCUGCAAACGAGCACAACAUCGACCUCAACGAAGCCGCCACUAUCGAGGGGGCGACUCUGGGCUCCGUCCUCGACCACGCCAUAUCUCAGUAUAAACACCUGGUCGACCUAAGUGCCCAGGAUCAUCGGCUCCUCAACUGGCACGUGGCCAACUUGGAGUACAGCAACGCCACCAACCUGCGUAAUUUAAGCCUCGGCCUUUGGGACAUGGACGCCGGCAAUGAGUGGGAGGGGCGGCAUACAAUGGUCGUCGGGGGCUACCAAGGCGUGGCCCGUGGCUUGUUACUGUGCCCGACCAAGCUAGACUUGACUACCAGGUUUGCGGCCAAGAAGAUCAAUUAUCACGCCGACAGCUUCACCGGGCCGGCCGCGAUCGAGUCCGAGGACGGCACCUCUGUCGAGGCGGACUGUGUCGUCUGCACCGUACCCCUAGGCGUGUUGAAACAAGGCAGCAUAGCGUUUGACCCUCCGCUGCCGUCGUGGAAGACGGGCGUCAUUGAACGCCUCGGCUUUGGUGUCCUAAAUAAGGUUGUGCUCGUCUACGAAAGGGUGUUUUGGGAACCCGACAGACACAUAUUUGGCAUUGUCCGAGAUGCGCCCAGCCGCCACAGUACGACGCAAAAGGACUAUGGCGUGAACAGGGGUCGCUUCUUUCAAUGGUUUAAUGUGUCAAACACGACCGGGCUGCCGUGUCUCAUUGCGCUCAUGGCCGGAGACGCCGGGUUCGAGACGGAGCACUCGAGCAACGACCAUCUCAUAGCCGAGGCAACGGAGAUACUAAGGAACGUGUUUGGGAAGGAUGUCCCUUAUCCAGUCGAGUCGGUUGUGACACGGUGGGCAUCCGAUCGGUUUGCGAGAGGAAGCUACUCGUCCACCGCUCCAGGCAUGCUACCCGACGACUACGAUACCAUGGCACGACCAAUGGGCAACCUGUUCUUUGCCGAAGUUCUCGAGGCCAUGGUUGGCCCCAUCGAGGUCCCGACGCCUCUCAUCCUGCCAAAAGACUCGCUGUUGUUGCACAAACGCAAACAAGCCGCAGAGAACCCUCGGCAGGCACGGCUAGAGGCGUAUGAGGUCGAGGUCUGGGACCACGUCCGCUCGCAAAUAGGCGAACGCCCAGCCCGUCCGCACAAGGUGGCCGGAAACGCCUACCUCCUCUACAGCAAAGCGCACUUUGAGGACGCCAAGAAGCGAUGCGAGGAGAACCGCAAGCCCGGAAAGUCGCGGAGCAUGCCCAACGAGGUCCGGGUCAUGACGUCGAAGAUGUGGAAGGACGCCACGCCAGAUGAGCGCAAGCCAUUUGAAGACCAGGCAGCGGAACAAAAGAGGGCCUACGCGGAGGCGAUGCGGACAUUCACAGACACGUCCCAGAAGUGGGACCAAGAGGCCGCGUGCCUCCGGGCGGCCUACGAAAAGGAUCACCCGAGCGUCCCAGGCCCGGACGAGACGACGCACGAUGCCAGGAUGUCACAUAAGCACCGCCGUGCGAAGCCUGUCAAUUAUGCGGCGGGGGGCCGUAGCAAGGAAGCGGCCGAGCCAUAA